GGUGUAAACAUCUCCUGAAUCAACCAGGCCUCCUCAUGGCUCACAUCACCAUCAACCAGUACCUGCAGCAGAUCUACGAGGCCAUCGAUAACCACGAGGGCACAUUCUGUGCAGAGCUGCUGUCCUUCAAACACCCCCACGUCGCCAACCCCCGUCUCCAG